UUGCCCCAGAGUCUGUUGCAGAUGAGUAAACACCACGUUACUGCAGGGCUUUCCAUGCUUCUCAUUGGCUUCCAGACUCACGGGCUUGUCAUGGAUCUAGGAGCCUUGGCGGCAUCUCCUGUCACAUAGAAAACGAUGAAGAGAUCCAGGACAUGGGCUUGGAGGGCACCCCGGGCACCGGCGGAGCUGUUUCUUCUCUGUGCUGUGCUGGGUUGUCUCAGUUUGCCUGGCUCCAGAGGUGAAAGGCUGCAUUCCUUUGAGUCAAGUGUAGUCAACAAGAGCUUUGCUAAGAGCAGACAGACACGGAGUGUGGAUGUGACCCCUAUGCCUAUUGAUUGUGAGCUGUCCAGCUGGUCCUCCUGGACCGCAUGUGAUCCCUGUCAGAAGAAAAGGUACAGACAUGCCUACUUGCUCCGGCCUGCUCAGUUCCAUGGGGACCCGUGCAACUCCCCUGACAAGGAAGUGGAAGACUGUGUUACCACCAGGCCAUGCAGAAGUCAAGUGCGAUGUGAAGGCUUUGUGUGUCCACAGACAGGGAGAUGUAUAAACCGCAGACUUCUCUGCAAUGGGGACAAUGACUGCGGAGACCAGUCAGACGAGGCGAACUGCAGAAGGAUUUAUAAAAAGUGUCAGCAUGAAAUGGACCAGUACUGGGCAAUUGGCAGUCUGGCCAGUGGGAUAAAUUUGUUCACCAACAGUUUGGAGGGCCCAGUUCUGGAUCACAGGUAUUACGCUGGUGGAUGCUCCCCGCACUACAUCCUGAACACGAGGUUUAGGAAGCCAUACAACGUGGAAAGCUACACGCCACAGACCCAAGGCAAAUAUGAAUUUGCACUGGCAGAAUAUGAAUCGUACGCAGAUUUUGAGCACAACGUCAUAACGAAAGCAACCGGCAAGUCUAGUUUCAGUCUGGGUUUUAAAAUAACUGAAAUAUUUGAAAUUGGCAUUAAAAGCCAAAGUGACCAAGGCAAACAUUAUAUUAGCCGAACCAAACGAUUCUCUCAUACUAAAAGCGCGUUUCUGCACGCGCGCUCUGACCUUGAAGUGGCACAUUACAAGCUGAAACCCAGAAGCCUCAUGCUGCAUUACGAAUUCCUUCAGAGAGUCAAGCGGCUGCCCCUGGAGUACAGCUACGGGGAGUACAGAGAUCUCUUCCGCGAUUUCGGGACCCACUACCUCACCGAGGCCGUGCUUGGGGGCAUUUAUGAAUACACGCUCAUUAUGAACAAAGAGGCCAUGGAGAGAGCAGAUUAUUCUCUUAGCAACGUCCACGCUUGUGCCAAAAAUGAUUUUAAAAUUGGUGCUGCCAUUGAAGAGGUCUAUGUCAGGCUGGGGGUGUCAGAGAGCAAGUGCAGGGGUAUUCUGAAUGAAAUCAAAGACAGAAACAAGAGGAGCACCAUGGUGGAGGACCUGGUCGUCCUCGUACGAGGAGGGGCAAGUGAGCACAUCACUGCCCUGGCAUACAAGGACCUGCCCACGGCAGAACUGAUGCAGGAGUGGGGAGACGCAGUGCAGUACAACCCGGCCAUCAUCAAGGCUAAGGUGGAGCCUCUGUAUGAACUAGUGACAGCCACAGAUUUUGCCUUUUCUAGCACAGUGAAGCAGAACAUGAAACAGGCCCUGGAGGAGUUCCAGAAGGAAGUCAGCUCCUGCCACUGUGCUCCGUGCCAAGGGAAUGGAGUCCCUGUGCUGAAAGAAUCACACUGUGACUGCAUCUGUCCUUUUGGAUUCCAAGGCCCAGCCUGUGAGAUCACUGAUCAGAAAAAUGUUCCUAUUGAUGGGAAGUGGAGUUGCUGGUCAAACUGGUCUUCGUGCUCUAGAGGACAGAAAACAAGACAAAGGCAAUGUAACAAUCCACCUCCUCAGAAUGGGGGCAGCCCCUGCUCAGGCCCUCCUUCAGAAACGCUCAACUGCUAGGAAGGGAGAGCUUCUAGCAGAUGGUACUGCUGUGGGAUGCAACAGUGAGAGCUCUGAGCCCUCCAGAACUCAGGCCAGAUCGCCCCACCCCACCUCCCACCUGGGGCUCUCCCAAGGGCAAGGGCAGUGCCAUUCAGGCUGUUUAAAAUAGAGAUAUGAGUUUGUAAAAUGCACAUUGAUUUGGAUUGUGAGUUAAAUAAAAAUUAUAGGUUCCUUAA